GAUAGAGCGAGUGUUUUCAAACUGCUCCUUAACCCAAGAAAGAGCUGCAAAAAUGGUAACCACAGACAUCAGCCAGUGGGAUGAAACCAUUUGCAAUAUGAUUGCUUGCCAACACCCGCCAUGCUGGGAGGCGAUGCGGAGGAUUGAAAAGGGGAAUCCACGGAUCCUUAUUAAAAACUUUAACUCGCAUGACAGAUCUUUUCCAGAAACAGAAGAUGAACUGCCAACACUUAAAAUCUUCAACCUCCCACUCAAUUAUUCUUAUAGUGGACGGAUCAAGCAUGCCAAAACUUCCAGCUCCAUCAUCAGCAUCAAAGAUAGUAAUUAUUCUUCAAGUCCAACAAUGAUUGAGGCUUUUGUCCCCCCUAUAUCUGUACUGAGUUCUGAAAGAGAUCACUUCCCAGGGCUGAAUUCUAGGGCGGAGUGUCAUACUCCCCGCUAUACACCAAUAAGCUUCACCUCUUUAAGACAAGUUGAAAAAAUACAGGUGACAGAUCUCAGUGAACUUGCUGCACCCAAACUGGGUUACCAGCCUGCCUAUGGGAACUUGAUUGUGAGGUGGAUCCCAGAUAUACGGCACAAAUUAUUGCAGACUCAGAGACCAUCCACAAGAAUACGGACUCCUACACAACGAAUGUGUGUGAAAGACCUUGCUUUGGAAAACCUCCUGUCUUUUAAGAACAGCAGCGAGGCUCAUUGCCCUAAUCUACAGACAAGAAAAAAGUCGAAUAAAGUUCCAACAGGAGGCCAGCCCUACCUCUUGCAUCUAAGAAGGAACCUAAAGAUUCCUCCCAAUAAAUCAAGCAGUCCUACAGACAAAGAAAGGAAGGCUGUGGAAAGGCCUACUGGGAAGAGGAAACUCUUCCCACAGCACCUGCAGCUUUCUCCCUUAGCAGACACGCAGGGGAAGAGUGCCAUCCAUCUGGAGAACAAGAAAAGAGUGUUUCCAGGCAGCAAAGAAUUCCCACUUAUUGUGCAGAAGGUUCCUGUGAAAGAAAGAGGCCUAAGAAGAAUCCAAAGCCAACUCCAAAUUCCUUUAGAAGGCCCUGGGAUUCCGAAGCAUCUUCUGUCAGCCCUAGCACAGCAGCUGAACAGCUCUACUUUGACUUUCCAGGCUUCAGGUGCCUGUGGCCAAAGGAGUGAAGGAGAAAGCUUGCAGUGCCAAACCUCUGUGCCCCAGGAAGCUUCUGCAGAGAAGGUGCACCUGCCAGAGUGUAGCCCUCAGACAUCACAAGUGGCCAUAAAUAGAAGGAAGGCUUCUUUGAAGUUUGUGGAGUACAAAAGCAACAGAGCAAGUCUGUUCAUGGGAGGUUAUGACAGCAGUGUUCACCAAAUGUCAAAGAGCGAGUCCAAGUACAAGCAGUAUUGCAAGCAGAUCGCAAUCCGGAAGGGGGCUGCACUACCUCAGGGUGAUCUCUCAACUGACAGCAAAGAGCUGUGGCUCAGGGAAGAAGCUCAGAAAUCAGAGGAGAAUCUCUUCCAAUCCCCUAACCCUCCUCCCCCCUCCCCACUUGUCUCUGAGUGCGGCGACAGCGCUUCACAGGAUCUUACUUAAAUCUGAAAGGGCGGGCAGGCAUCUGUUGCACACACGGCAGCCUGCUCCAAAGGCAGUUACUUCUUUUUUUAUAAAGGAGGUUGGAUGCUGUGAGGCUUAGAAUCAUUAAAAUCCCACAUCUUCAGUUUUGCUGCUUCUGUGGUCCUUGUCUCUAGACGCAAAUGCGAUUAGCAUGGCUGUAUCUGUAAUAACAUGAAAGAAGGAAGAAAUGCUUGUGGUAAAAUCACCUCUCAGACCCUUGUUUUUACCUCAGCUGGCCCAGGUCUCAGGCUGUAGUCUAGACCUACAAUGA